CCACAGUAAUCUAUUCCCUGCUUGUAGCAUCAGGCAUUCUCUCUGGCUCCCAUUUCUUACUGAGUACCAGUUUACACAUUUCUGAGUUUUGUGACUUUUUCCUAAAUCUAAAGAGUGAUUAGCUUCUACUAUAGAAUAUUGUGUGCCAAAAUCCUAGAAACAAAAAUGGAUGAAGAGUUUUUCCCAUGGCAAAACAGAAAAGACAGCCCUCUGAAUGAGGGACUUGGUGGAGAAGAGGACAGAAAAGAAGAGAUGGGACAAGAGCUCAGUGUUGCAGGUCAUGGGUGUAGCUCAGAGAGGGUGAGCAGUUGGGGGUCACUUCCUGAUGUGUGCUUGCGGCACGUGUACAGGUUUCUCACUGACCGCGAUCGCAGAAAUGCAGACCUGGUUUGUCACCACUGGCACAAUGUCAUGCGUUCUCCCUCUCUCUGGCGCUUCCGCUUCUUCCACUUCAAUGGUCGGCUGUCCAAAUACAGGCAGUCUGAAUCCAGCUCUGCUGUGGACUAUGUCCGCUCUUUGGGAGUCUACCUGGAGCAGCUGGAGGUGUGUGUGUGUCCUCCACGCAGGUCCUUAGUAGCCCGGCGACUGGAGCAAACCAUCAGGGGGCUAUUUUCUGAGCUUACUAGAGUAAAUGCACCACUGAAGUCACUCUACCUCAUGAGACUGGGGUUGGACCAGCCCUCCUGGACUUUAGAGCUCAGGAACUCUUUAGUAGAGUGCCUGAUUCUCUUCCUCCGCAGAGGGGCCUCAAGGCUCACCUUUGUUUGUCUGAGCGGGAUGCGAAUCUCCAUGAAUCAGGGUCUGGAGGUGCUUUCUGUCCUGGCACAGUCUCAGAGGGGAUCCUUCCCUCGGUGCUCUUCUUUGGACUUGAAGGGAUUCUUUUCAAGAGAACUGCAAGUCCACCACAAUUCUGAAGUGCCCCGCAUUCUGCGCUACUUGCAAGGCCUCACCGACCUUAGCCUGAGUUACUCCUGCUUGUCUGAUGAGCUGCUAAUUGCGUUACAGCACAGAAAGCGAGGGUGGAGAGAUGUCACCUACUUGCAAACAUUUUCACUGCACUGUACUUUAAAUGAGCCCCAUGAACAGGUGGUCUGUGGUUGCUCAUGGGCAACUUUGGCAUCAAGCUGCCCGGGCCUGAAAGUCAAGCUUACAGUGGACCAAAUCAUUGACACUAACAAGCUCGCGGGGAUACUGCUGCCUGAGAUUCCCUUGACAGAAUACUCCAUGACAGCUUUCUACUCCCCCGAUCAAAACUGGAGCACCCUGCCGCUCCUCUGUUGCAUGCUGCCUCGGUACAGGCACAGUCUGCAGAAUCUGUGCCUGGACCUGAGCAACUGCAACGAAUCCCUGGAUGAGGAGCUGUUGGAGUUGGUUAAGGUGUGUGAGCACCUGGAGCAGCUGAGAAUCUGGGCUUUCUUGGAAAUCAGCACUGUGCAGAGGCUGCUACACUUCAGACUGACAAAAAAGAGCUCACUCAACCAGAUCAGAGUGAGAGUCUACUCUAUAAAUGAAGAAACUAAAGAGCAGGAAGACCAGCUGAAAGAAUUAUUGUCUUCAUACUUGCAUCUCCCUCCUGAACUGGACUUUUUCGCUAAAGUCUACCCCUUUGUAUGAUCACCCAU